AUGGCGACUCAAUCUUCUGUUCAUCCCGACAAUCAAGCCGGCGGUUUGACUUACGAGCCGUUCGAAUCCAGUUACGUACGCAUGAUCUUAGAAGCGGACGCGAUUGCCUGGCAAGACAACGUUCUUGCUAGUACAGCCCACUGGAUACUUCUUGCUGGCUAUCUGGUGAUUCCUGGAACGUUCACCUCUCUCCAAAAGUCCGACAAAAUCCAUGAUGGCCUCGCGGAAAAUGAAGCCGGGGAGUGGAUUUUGAAUACUAUCCAGAAUCCUCCCCUUCUCGCAACGGCAUGUGUACUGUUUGUCUCGGGUUUGGCGAUCAUGGGCUGGCUGUUCUGGGAAUUUCGCGGGAAUUAUAUUUGGCUUAUUAAUCGUAUUUUUAUUCCUACGCUUCUUAAUGCAUUGGCCGGUUUUCUUACCACGAUUAUUAGCUUAUAUACUGCUCAUGAUGGCGAUUGGUCCAUCAUGGUACUUUUGACUGUGAUUACAUCUGGCCUGUCCGUUGCCUGCUCUCUUAUUCUGCUAUACAUUUAUAAAUUUGGCAAACUAGAGAGACUGAAACGGGAACACAAUCAGAUGUCUCGCAACUACCAACAUCCUGUCCAUGUCUAA